AUGAAACCCAACCCCUCCGCGCAGACUCCGGUGCCUGUUAGAGCACCGACAGCCGGCCGCCACCUACAAUGUGUGGCCUACAAGGAUGAGCUGACGCGAGCUUGCGCAAAAGAUAUUAUCGCAGACUCAGCGCCGCACUCUGAAAAUCCCUCGCACUUUCCCAAAUAUCGCCGCAAAAAGAUGGGGGCAGCUAGCCGAACUCGUGGAGGGGUUAGACGAAAAAUUCCUUUCGUGCAGCGCGCAUGUGCCUGGGACGCCUUUCCAUCCGCAGAAAAAAUCGCUAAAGCUUUUGAGAAGCGUGCGGUGGCGGUCGAGACACUACGGAGGCAAGAAGAGGAGGAUGAAGCAACGAGGGCAGAACAGACGAGCAAGAAAAGGAAAUUUACCCACCAGCAUGGCUGGUUAUGCCGGAAGUAUCCUCCAAACCCUGAACCUGACCCGUCAGCUUGGGGCCGAUGCGUAGCCGGGGGAGCGAUCGGACCGAAUCGGCCUCAAGCGGACGCGCCAGAGAUAGAAACUGAGCUCGAAGGGGCGGACGACAACAGUGAAGCUGAGAUGGGAGCGGAUGCCGCAUGCGAGGAGGCGGAAGCUUCGAGUGACCGUAGCAAAAGACCGAGGGUAUCGUACGAAGGUCCAUUCGAAAAGCUGCUGUUGCGGUUGGUGCACUCAGGCUCAGACUCAGCACGGACCCUUCGCCCACCACUCCAGCCAGGGGACGCAAUGAGCUUGCACACUCGUUCCGUUCGGACCGUGAUCUCGCCACUCGCAUCCGUCGUCAAGGCGCCAGCCACGGCGUAUGUGAGGCCGACCCUUUUCGUACGCCACUCGGGCGGCGCGAACCUUCAUACCGACCCCAAAGCAUCGCCUUCUCCCUCCCGCCCAUCCAACGCAUGGCUGGGUAUCGCGGCAGGAGUCGUUGGCGUGACAGCUUUCGCACUCCUGACCAGUGGCCGUUUAUAUUCGGACGCCUCGGUGGUUAGACACCAGGACAAUGCCGCUGACGGGAAGGGCGCUGGUAAAGGCGGGCCUAGAGCCAUCGGACUCCUCCACGAGGUCAAAUCCACGCAUACCAGCGGCACACCACAACAAACGAGGCCAGUCUACACACGGGCAGAGGUCUCUCGCCACACCACAAAGCAAACCGGCAUCUGGGUCCUCCAUGGCACCGGCGUCUACGACGUGACCGAGUUUGUCGACGCACAUCCGGGAGGCGAGCGCAUCCUUCUCGCCGCGGGGCGGUCUAUCGAUCCCUUCUGGGGCGUCUUCACCAUCCACCAAAGCGCGUCCACAAAAGAGAUUCUCGAGCAGUACCGCAUUGGGGACCUGUUUAUCCCCGACGACCCGAAGGAGCUGGAUGCGAUGCGGAGGGAGGAGGCGAAGGAUAAGGAGGCCUUGAAGGAUCUGUUUGCGAAUGAUCCGAAGCGGCACCCCGAUUUGAUUAAGCAUGCCACAUUUCCUUGUAAUGCCGAGUCGCCUGUGUACGCUGUCGAGGACCACGCCAUCACGCCCAACCCGCUUUUCUUUGUGCGGAACCACCUCCCCGUCCCCAAGGUCGACGCCACAGACUUCAAACUCGUAAUCGACGGCGACGGCCUAGCAAAAGACGAAGUAGAACUCACCAUGACCGACCUCCGCAAACUGCCGAAACACACCAUCACAGCCACCCUCCAAUGCGCCGGCAACCGCCGCAAACACAUGAGCGACCUCAAACCCACAAAAGGCCUCCAAUGGCAGCAAGGCGCCAUCAGCACCGCAACCUGGUCCGGCGUCCUCCUCCGCGACGUCCUCCACCUCGCCGAAUUCUCCCCAACCCCAACCACCCAACACGUCCAAUUCCACGGCACCGAGGGAUACGGCGCUUCCAUCCCCCUCCCCAAAGCGACCUCCUCAACAGGCGACGUCCUCCUCGCCUACGAAAUGAACGGCGAAUCCAUCCCCCUCGACCACGGGUACCCGCUCCGCGUCAUCGUUCCGGGCCACGUUGCCGCGCGCUCCGUCAAAUGGGUCGACCGCAUCACCCUCAGCGACGAGGAAUCCCACUCCCACUGGCAACGCCGGGACUACAAGGGCUUCUCACCGGGCGUCGAAAACCCCGGCGAGGACGAUUACAACUCCGCGAGGAGUAUCCAGGAGCUCCCCGUCCAGAGCGCGGUCACCACCCCGCGCGACGGCGCCACUUACACCCUCCCCGCAACCACAGCCAUCCUCCCCGUCAAAGGCUACGCGCUCAGCGGCGGCGGCCGCGACAUCCUCCGCGUCGACGUCUCAUCCGACGGCGGCCGCACGUGGACGACCGCCACCCUGCACCCUGCGGACCAGCACGCGCCGCAGGGCCGCCAGUGGGCGUGGGCAAAGUGGGAGGCGGAGGUCCCCGUCAGCGGAACGGAGGUGGAGAUUGUGUGCAAGGCGGUGGAUGAGGCGUACAACUCGCAGCCCGAGGGCUGGGCCGGCAUUUGGAAUGCCAGGGGCGUGCUGAGCACCGCUUGGCAUCGGGUCAGGGUUAGCGUUGAGCGCGGUGCGGAGGAGAGGAAGUAG